AUGCUGCUGGUGCUGGUGGUGCUCAUUCCUGUGCUGGUGAGCUCGGGCGGCCCAGAUGGCCACUAUGAAAUGCUGGGCACCUGCCGCAUGGUGUGCGACCCCUACGCCGCGCGGGGCCCCGGCGCCGGCAGGAGGCCUGACGGCGGCGACACCCUGAGCGAGCAGAGCGGCGCGCCCCCGCCCUCCACGCUGGUGCAGGGCCUGCAGGGGAAGCCGGGCCGCACAGGCAAGCCCGGCCCUCCUGGGCCCCCCGGGAACCCGGGUCCUCCAGGCCCUGUGGGGCCACCUGGCGAGAAGGGUGAGCCGAGCAAGACCGGCCCUCCCGAGCUGCCGGACGAGGGGGGCAGCGGCGCCAUCAGCACGGCUUCCUACACCACGGUGCUGCGUGUGGCUUUCUACGCCGGCCUCAAGAACCCUCACGAGGGUUACAAGGUGCUCAAGUUCGAGGACAUGGUCACCAACCUAGGCAACAACUAUGAUGCGACCAGCGGCAAGUUUACAUGCAACAUUCCCGGCACUUACGUUUUCACCUACCACGUUCUCAUGCGCGGCGGCGACGGCACCAGUAUGUGGGCGGACCUCUGCAAGAACGGCCAGGUGCGGGCCAGCGCCAUUGCCCAGGACGCAGACCAGAACUACGACUAUGCCAGCCACAGCGUGAUCCUGCACCUGGACGCGGGCGACGAGGUCUUCAUCAAGCUCAACGGAGGCAAAGCGCACGGCGGCAACAGCAACAAAUACAGCACAUUCUCCGGCUUCAUCAUCUAUUCGGAUUGAGCUCCCCGCGACCCCUCCAUCCCCUGUCCCCUACGGGGUUCCUCCCGUCGGGGUAGAGAAUGACGCGUCCCCAGCCACCCCCUCGCUGCCCGUCGCGGUUGCAGGCCCUCCCGGCUAUGACACCCCCGGCCUGCCUUCGCCACCGCCUGGGCCGCAGUUAGCCCUCCCGCCGGCUCGCCGCAGAGCCGGGUCCAUCGCGCCCUUCCCGGCCCCCGGGAGGCGGUGUUGACCACCUCUGCUCCAUCCGGCCCGCGCUGUAUAUUUGUACAAUAGGAUUGUUUAUUGCCCAC